AUGUGGGGCGGGGCCCGCGGCCAAUGGCAGGGGGAGAGAGAGUGAGACCACGGUGGCGCGAGGUGUUCCACUCCACAAGCUGCACUGUAGGGAGGAGAUACAGCCGCGUCUCCCGCCUCACUCGCACCUUGACUUCGAUCCUGCCGUCUGCUGUGUUGAGAAAACCAGAACAGCGACAUGUCAGCGAAAGCGAUCCGCGAGGCGACGGGCAAGACUUUGCUCAAUAAACACCUCUCCUCGGGCACGUUCUCACCCUGCCGCUUCGCCUCCGUCACUGAAGACACCAAGUGGGAGGAACUCGCGCAGCAACACCCGUGGCUCGAAAAUGAGAAGCUUGUGGUGAAGCCCGACCAGCUCAUCAAGCGGCGUGGGAAGCUUGGCCUCAUCAAGGUGGGCACCGACCUGGCUGGGGUCCAGAGCUGGGUGGACGAACGCAUGAACAAGGAACAACAGGUGGGCAAGACUGUUGGACGGCUGCGUAAUUUCAUCAUCGAGCCUUUCCUCCCUCACAGCCAGGAUACUGAAGCCUAUGUUUGCAUCUACUCACACCGCCACGGGGAUACUUUGCUGUUCACACACGAGGGCGGUGUUGACAUUGGGGAUGUGGAUGCGAAGGCACUCAAGUUGGAAGUGGCCAUCGAGGAGCGUCCCACAGAGGCCCAGAUUAAGGAGCAGCUGUUGGUCCACCUUACAGGACCACGUAAAGAGAAGGCUGUGGUGUUCAUUAAGUCUCUGUAUGACUUGUAUGUUGACCUUUGCUUCACCUAUCUUGAGAUAAAUCCCCUUGUCAUCACUGAGAAGGAUGUACACAUACUAGACCUGGCAGCCAAGCUCGAUGCCACAGCAGAGUUUGUAUGCAAAUCCAAGUGGGGAGAUAUUGACUACCCUCCUCCAUUUGGCCGUGAUGCCCUCCCUGAAGAAGCAUUCAUUGCUGACUUGGAUUCGAAGAGUGGAGCAUCGCUGAAGCUGACGAUCCUCAAUGAGAAGGGUCGCAUUUGGACAAUGGUUGCUGGAGGUGGUGCAUCCGUGAUAUACUCAGACACUAUCUGUGAGCUGGGUGGUGCCUCCGAACUGGCCAACUAUGGAGAGUACUCUGGGGCACCUUCUGAACAGCAGACGUAUGAAUAUGCCAAGACCAUCCUGACCCUCAUGACCAAGCAGAAGCAUCCAGAUGGCAAGAUCCUCAUCAUUGGUGGUGGGAUUGCUAACUUCACCAAUGUAGCUGCCACCUUCAAGGGGAUUGUGAGGGCUCUUCAGGAGUUCCAGACAAAGCUAGUUGAGGGGAAAGUCAGCAUCUUUGUGCGCCGUGCUGGACCUAACUAUCAAGAGGGCUUGAGAGUGAUGCGUGAGGUGGGCAAGACCCUGGGAAUUCCUGUUAAUGUGUUUGGCAAUGAGACGCACAUGACAGCCAUUGUGUCCAUGGCUCUUGGGAAACGGCCCAUCCCCAAGGAGCCCACUGUUGAGAGUCACACAGCCAAUUUCCUUCUCCCUGGAGGCCAGAAUACUGCUGGCCCUCCAGUGGAAAUAUCUUAUCUGAAGGAAAUGUUUUCAUCAAAAAUCACAGGGCAGUCUCCAAGGCCAGAAAGGAAGAAGGAAUCAUCAGCUCCAGCAGUGACAGCCCCAAGUAAAGAAACAAAACAACUUUUCCACAAGAAUACCAAGGCCAUCAUAUGGGGCAUGCAGACUCGUGCUGUUCAGGGCAUGCUGGACUUCGACUUUGUUUGCUCCCGCAUUGAACCAUCGGUUGCAGCUAUGGUAUACCCCUUCACUGGAGACCAUAAACAAAAGUUCUAUUGGGGUCACAAGGAGAUCCUCAUCCCAGUGUACAAGAGCAUGGCUGAUUCAAUGAAGAAACAUCCUGAGGCAGAUGUUUUGAUCAGUUUUGCCUCUCUCCGCUCUGCCUAUGACUCCACCAUUGAAACACUUACUUUCCCACAGAUCCGCACAAUUGCAAUCAUCGCUGAGGGCAUUCCCGAAAACAUGACUCGCAUCCUUAUCAAGAAGGCAACAGAGUUGGGUGUGUCCAUCAUUGGUCCAGCCACAGUUGGAGGGAUCAAGCCUGGCUGCUUCAAAAUUGGCAACACUGGUGGCAUGAUGGACAACAUCCUCCACUCCAAGCUUUACCGUCCUGGCAGUGUUGCCUAUGUAUCUCGAUCUGGUGGGAUGUCCAAUGAACUAAACAACAUUAUAUCUCACAAUACUGAUGGAGUGUAUGAAGGUGUGGCAAUUGGAGGUGACCGUUACCCUGGUACCACUUUCAUGGAUCAUCUCCUUCGUUACCAUGACAAUCCUGAGGUGAAGAUGCUGGUGUUGCUGGGGGAAGUGGGAGGCAUUGAGGAGUAUGAAGUGGUUGAGGCACUCAAGGCAAAGAGGAUUGUCAAGCCCAUUGUUGCAUGGUGCAUAGGAACCUGUGCUGGCAUGUUUAGCUCAGAGGUUCAGUUUGGUCAUGCUGGAGCUUGUGCCAAUGCCGAGCGUGAAACAGCAGUGGCCAAGAACAAGGCCUUGUCUGAGGUGGGAGCUAAUGUUCCAUCCAGCUUUGAUGACCUUGGAGAGGAAGUGAGAAGAGUAUACCAGCAGUUGCUACAAAAGGGCAUCAUUGUCCCCAAGGAAGAGGUUCCUCCUCCAACAGUACCCAUGGACUUCAGCUGGGCCAGGGAGCUGGGCCUGAUUCGUAAGCCUGCUUCCUUCAUGACUUCAAUCAGUGAUGAACGAGGCCAGGAACUGCUCUAUGCUGGCAUGCCCAUUUCAGCUGUCCUUGAGCAAGGUCUUGGCAUUGGAGGAACUCUGUCACUGCUAUGGUUCCAGCGUCGCCUGCCUCCCUAUGCCACCACCUUCCUGGAGAUGUGCCUGAUGGUGACAGCAGAUCAUGGUCCAGCAGUGUCCGGAGCACACAACACUAUUGUCUGCACCAGAGCUGGCAAAGACCUUGUGUCUUCCCUUGUGUCUGGACUUUUGACAAUUGGAGACAGGUUUGGAGGUGCUCUUGAUGGAGCAGCAAGGCAGUUCAGCGAAGCUUUUGACAAAGGACUUCUUCCCAUGGAAUUUGUGAAUGACAUGCGCAAGAAGGGCCAACUCAUCAUGGGUAUUGGCCAUAGGGUGAAAUCACUAAAUAAUCCUGACAAGAGAGUGGAGAUUAUAAAGAACUUUGUGAAGAAGGACUUCCCUACCACACCUCUGUUGGACUAUGCUCUUGAAGUGGAGAAAAUCACCACAAGCAAAAAACCUAAUCUUAUCCUUAAUGUGGAUGGAGUUAUUGGAGUGGCAUUUGUAGACUUGCUUCGCAACUCUGGCUCCUUCACUAGGGAAGAGGCUGAGGAGUACAUCAACAUCGGAACAAUAAAUGGACUAUUUGUCCUUGGACGCUCCAUGGGCUUCAUUGGUCACUACUUGGAUCAGAAGCGCCUGAAGCAAGGGCUGUAUCGCCACCCUUGGGAUGACAUCUCUUACGUCAUGCCAGAGCACUACUCCUCAUAAGGGAUCUAUGCUGUUUGUGACUUUUACACAGACUGACUCCUUCGGGAUGGUACACUGCAGAAGAAAGUGCAUGGCAUUGCAGUAGUUUACUUUGUAAGAUUAUUUUUCUGGAACAUGACAUUUAAAGAUAAGGAGAAUUUCUGGUGCUGAGAUUGGCCAAUGCCAGUGGCUAGUGCAGGUGAGGCAUCAAAGGAACCAGAUUUCAGAUUGCAGCCAAUCAUCAACUUGCAAAUAUAUUUUUAAGAUUGUUAAGAUAGUUCCUCAGAUUGCCUAGACAAGUCAAACCGCAUAUAUUUUUUGAAAUCAGUGAUAUAGCUCCCCAGAUUGUAUGGCUAUUUUUAGUAUGAUUUUAUGGAAUACAGCACAUUUCACAUAAGGUACAGGAUAUUUUUAUACACAACAGACUAAGGAUGGAGUCUGGGAUUAGUUAUUUUCCUUUCUUGUGCCGACAUAAUAUAUUUCUUUAUUUUAUUUUUUAUUUUUUAUUUUUUUUUACGUUGCUGCUUAUUGCGCCGGUAGACAUCUUCCCGGUGGGGCCUGAUGGUCGGCCCAAGGCUUCUUCCAGGUGGGGCCUGAUGGUCGGCCCAGCCCGUUCUGGCGCAGGCGAGUGUUUUAUAGUGGCGCCAUCUUGCAUUGGCUCAUGCUGCCCCCCAGAACUCGUUCUUGAUUCGCUUGGACGGCUUCCUCUAGAGUCCAGGUUGAUGGGUGCCAUUCAUCGGUUCCAUUCUUAUGAGCUUUUAAUCCCCAUCAAAAGCAUUGUCAAUAAACAGCAGCAUGCUGUAUUUAAAUUAUUCACACAGGUAAGCAGUCUUGAGCAGUCAGCCUCAGGAACAAAAUAGAAAAUACUAAAACUUCAAUUGUGUAUAUAUGUGACUGUAUAGCUGUCUCUCUGUUAAUGUAAUUUUAGAAAUUUGUUUUAUCAAGUACCAAAAGUUUUCCACAAGGACAAUUAGUACAGUAUUCUGAAGCACUUUCAUAUUUUUACUAAUUUAACCUGCCUCCUGUGGGGUAAAGAUGAUAAAUGAGGGUUGAGUGGUAAACUGUUUGUCUCUUGAUUCUUGUGUAUGCUGGAUCUAUGUAUGUUGUGUACUCCUUGAUCGUGAUAUAUGAACUCGUCUUGUUCCUAUAACCCAGUAAUCUUGCCCCAAUACAGUUGAACUCAUUAAGGCAAGACAGAUAUUUUUAGUGUUGCUGUGCACUCAUUUAGUCUGAAACCUAAGAGAUGAGUGUACAGUAAAAGUGUUGUUGUCCUGCACUCUAGUUAGGAUAUGCACUUUAAUCCCUCCAGUAAGUGCUUUAGCUCAUUAUUUUUUGUAUAAUGAUGAAGAUCUCUAUGCUGAAUCUAAGUGGUUGGUGUAGAUAUUCAUAACAUCCGUAACAUCUCACUAAACAAUUUUAAUUUUACUUGGUCACAUAUCAUAUUUGACUAUUGGUUUUUAUUUUGGAAACAUCAGUUUACUCAUACUUACAGGUUGUAACUCUACUUGGACUUUGUUGUAGAGAUACAGAAAAAACAAGUAAAUCUGAGGGUUGAACCAUAUUUUCUAUUGCAUGCUAACUUCAAGCAUUCACUCUACUGACCAUCAUGACUUUUUGCAAUCUUGAUGAAAACUAUAAAUACAUCAAGUGGAAAAAGGCAUGAGUCAGUAUUGAAUAGCUGUACAGUGUUGUAGAUUUACACUGUUAUGAGAAUUUAAUGUUUAUUGUUGAUCAUCAUAGUUUGUGAUAUUACUUGAAGCAGUUUGAUAAUGUAGAAAAGCCUAGUUGAUGUUAAAACACUGUGAUUGUAGUCCUUCGUGCACAUCUGUUGCAUCACUUGAUUUUGGUCAAUUUAGUAAAUGCAACUUCAAUUUAUUGUAAUUACUCAAUGAUUUUUAAUCUACAAUCACAUUAUACAUUCCAUUCCAUUGUGUUGUGGUAUUGUGCAUAAGUAAUUUUGGAAAAAUAAAUAAAUAGUUUUUUAGGGAAA